AUGCUGUUACUUUUGUGUGUAACUGUGGAAUCGAGAGACCGUGUUUAUUAUAUUGGUGUAGUGGAAAUAGAAUGGGAUUAUGCGCCUCAUGGUAAAGCUCUUGUUGAAGAUCCAAUGGACAAAUCGUAUAAAAUAUUUUGUGAAACGCGUGAUGAUCGAAUUGGUGGUACCUAUAAGAAAGCCGUCUACAAACAGUACACGGAUGAUAGAUUUGAGGAUGUGAUCGAACAGCCGCCAUGGAUGGGAUUAUUUGGUCCUUUACUAAAGGGUGAAGCUGGUGAUAGAAUCAUCAUCUAUUUUAAGAAUAUGGCGAGCAGACCAUACAGUGUCCAUCCACAUGGUGUUCAUUAUGAAAAACAGCACGAAGGUGCCAUCUACCUUGAUAAAACUAAAGGAGAACCUAAAUAUGACGAUGAAGUCGCUCCAGGAGAUGAUCACAAAUAUAUCUGGGUGAUCGAAGAUGAAUUUGUACCCACAGAAGAUGAUGAACCAUGUGUACCUUGGGCUUAUCACUCUCACGGUACUAAUGUAGCUGCUGAUACUAAUGCUGGUUUAAUUGGUCCCUUGGUCACAUGCAAAAAAGGAGUCCUAGAUAAACAUGGAAAUAGAAAAGAUGCCGACAAGGAAUUUCCCAUUCUAAUGAAAAUCUUUAAUGAAAACUUUAGUGCUUAUCUGGCUGAAAAUAUGAAACGAUGUUAUUCCGAAUCAACCUGCGCCUACCUGAAUAAGAUACAAGAUAUACCGUUUGAUCACAGUAACAGAAUGCACUCUAUCAAUGGAUAUAUCUUGGGAAAUUUACCUCCAUUCCAAGCCUGCGUUGCUGAUAGAGUUGUUUUCUACAUCAUUGGUUUCGGCGGUGAAAGGGAUAUUCAUUCAUUCAGAGUUGAAGGACAGACAUUUGAAUCUAAAAACCGAAGAGUUACAGUCGAAGAGGUUAUCUCAGCAACCUUUAUUUCUGCGAAGAUGACCCUGACAAAACCGGGAAAACGAUUGGUUUACUGCGAAGUCAACGACCACUUUGAAGACGGUAUGAGACAUUUUCUUAAUGUGGAUCAAUGUGGAGAAGAUACCUUAAGUGAUGAUACAUAUCUUGAUGGUCGUACUAGACAUUAUAAAUUGAUGAUAGAAGAAUCUAUAUGGGAUUAUGCUCCAACUGGUUAUAACAGAUAUAAUGGACGCUCUUUGGUGGAACCUUGGAGUUUAGAAGCUAGAUAUUUUGCUGGUCGUGGUGACAGAAUUGGUAGUCAGUACAAGAAAGCUUUAUUUCGAGAACCUACCGAUGAUUCCUUCUCUGAAGCUAAGAAACGAGAAGGCACAGAAAAAUCUUUAGGGAUGCUAGGACCUUUUAUCAAAAUGGAGGUUGGUGAACUGUUGGAAGUGGAGGUGAUGAAUAAAGCUACAAGACCGUAUUCCUUUGAUCCUGCUGGAUUAAGGAUGGUUGGUGUUGAUUUUGAAUCCAGAGGCGACGGUGACUUUGUAACUGUGCCCAUUGAACCAGGAGAGAAACAUACCUACCAGUUCUAUGUACCCGAUCACAUGGGACCAACGUAUGAAGAUCCCGACUGUAUCACCUAUUCAUACCAAUCUAUGGUUGAUAAGGUCAGAGAUGUGAAUUCAGGUUUGGUCGGACCAUUGAUUGUAUGUAAAGAAGGAACACUCGACAAAAACAAUAAACAGCAUGAUGUAGACCACGAAAUAGCUCUAUAUUUUACGAAUGUGGACGAGAAUUUAUCCUGGUAUCUGUGGGAAAAUAUUGAUAUGUUUUGUGUUCCUGAUAGAGUUUGGUAUCUAGAUCCUGGUUUUGUUGCGUCCAAUAGAAAAAUGACUGUAAAUGGUAGAGCGUAUUCUAACCUGAAAGGAAUAGAAUUCUGUUUGGGAAACAAAGUAUCCUUCCAUAUUUUUGCCAAAGGAAGUGAAUUUGACAUCCAUUCAAUAUAUUUUCAUGGUGUUGAUUUCGAAUUCUACAAAACAACCAGAGAUACGUUAAGGUUGUUCCCUGGAACAACAGCUACGCUACAAACAGUUGUUACUAAACCAGGUACAUGGGCUAUUGCAUGCAGGAACAACUUCCACUUUACUCGAGGAAUGACCGCCUAUUAUAAUGUAAAAGACUGUGGUGGAUUUUACCAGACCCUGAAGAAACCGUUCAUGCCUCGUCAUACUAGACGUUAUUUUAUUGGUGCUGUUGAAGUCUUAUGGGAGUAUGCUCCCGAAAAAUUUUCACCCAUCACCGGGGAGCCUUUGAAGAAAAUUAAUUCAGCUAUAUUUGUAAAAGACAAUGAUAAAUUUAUCGGCACUAAAUACUAUAAAGCCUUAUAUAAGGAAUAUACAGACUCGUCGUUCGAGUAUCAAGUAGAAAGAGAAGGUAAUGACGAACAUCUUGGAUCUCUUGGACCGAUGAUCAGGGCUGAGAAAGGCGAUGUGAUUGAAAUAGUGUUCAAGAACAUGGCGUCACGACCAUACUCUAUACAUGCUCAUCUGGUCUCUACUGAUAAAAAUAACGAAGGAAGUUUAUAUUUUGAUAAGACACAUUAUAAAGACGAUGAUCGAGUUCCUCCUGGUGGAUACCAUGUUUACAGGUUUGAUUUAUCAGUUCAUAAAGGACCAAGCGAAGGAGAUCCAGAUUGUAUAUCCUCUUUAUAUUAUUCCUCUGUUAAUUCUGAACGUGAUGUGUACUCUGGUUUAAUAGGCCCACUGGUAAUCUGUCGACCAGGCAUCAUGGGUGAUGAACCAAAACGUCAAGAUGUAGCUAGAGAGUUCUUUUUACUCUUCUCCGUCUUCAACGAAAGUAUGAGCUGGUAUUUCCCACAGAAUGUUCGAGAAUUCGCACCAGCCCGAAUGGAUCACGGCAGAAUACGAACUGAUCGAAUGUUUUUAAGACAUAAUUUGAAACAUGGCAUCAAUGGUUAUAUUUAUCAAGGCAUAAAAGGUCUCGAAAUGGAUCAAGGCGAUCGAAUUGCGUGGUAUUUCGCUGGAUUCGGUGCUACUAUGGACAUUCAUUCUGUUCAUUUUCAUGGAAACGGACUGAUAGAAGAGAACGACGGAAGUCAUAUUACCGAUGUACUCAACGUUUUCCAAGAAACAUCUGCAGGUGGUAUGAUGGUUGCGGAUAAUCCUGGGCAAUGGUUGCUUCAUUGUCAUGUGAAUGAACAUAUCGCCGCGGGAAUGGAGACCACUUAUAUAGUUCACUCGUCAUCAGCGUCUUUAGCUGCUAUGACUGAAGAUUAUGACAGUGGAAGUGAUUCGAGUGACCACGACACAAGUGAAUAUGAUAGUGAUGGUGAUAAUAGCGAAGAGAAUGGUGAUAGCCAUAGUGAUGAAGAUGACGGUAAUCGACAUGUACAUGGUGGUCAUGGAGGUGAAGAUGGCGAAGAAAAGGUGUGUGUUCCUAAUAGAAAGAAAUGA